CUCCUGCCUGCGGUCCUGGCUGGAACAAGAUACAUCUUGCCCCACCUGCCGAAUGUCUCUUAACAUCACUGACAGCCAUCGUGCGAGGGAGGAUCACCAAAGGGAAAACCUGGAGGAGAAUCUGGUCCCUGUGGCAGUAGCAGAAGGCAGACCACGCUUGAACCAGCACAAUCACUUCUUUCACUUUGAUGGCUCUCGAAUUGCCAGUUGGCUGCCCAGUUUUUCAGUAGAAGUGAUGCACACGACCAACAUCCUCGGUAUCACACAAGCCAGCAACUCCCAGCUUAAUGCUAUGGCUCAUCAGAUCCAGGAGAUGUUCCCUCAGGUUCCUUAUCAUUUAGUUCUACAGGACUUGCAGCUCACUCGUUCUGUAGAGAUCACCACUGACAACAUCCUAGAAGGGCGCAUCCAGGUACCUUUCCCCACACAGCGUGCAGAUAGCAUUAGACCUGCAUUGAACAGUUCUGUGGAACGGCACAGUACUGAUCAGGAGGAUACUGAAACUGUCACCCAG